AUGGCCAUAUAUACUGGAUUCUGGAUAAACUGGGACGACGGUCGAUUCAGAGGCGCCACCCUCACACUCCCUACCACCCAGGGCUUGAUUCUAGUUUCGUUUCUUACUUUGUUCGUUCAAUUCUCUGGAGCCUGUUUCUGGCGAGUGAUUUGCUUCAUACUCCACCAGUUUCGCUCCAGCACGGUUCCUCAAGAUGGGCUAUUUCAUCAACAACAAAUCAUCCUUCGAAACGCAAUCACUGCACCUAACGCGUUCUGGAAUUUUGCUGCAACAGCAAUUCGCUGGAGGGGCCAAGCGAAAGCCUCUGUGUUG